CCAUCUUUUCCCCCAUUUCGCGCUGCAUUUGGUGUUCGGUCCGCGAAGAAAAACGCACAGCAAACGGUAGCAGCGAGCCCGAGAGCUGUGCCACACUACCGUGGGAACGGCAGCAUCACAGGAUUCACCGUGCCAGAGACCAACAGAAGUGCAUUCGCUUGUUCCUGCAGAGGAAAGCCAACAAGCCCCAGCGAGCACUCGAGCGAAAGCUGGGAAGAAAGGAGGGAGAAUAGACAACAACAAAAAAAUCCCGUGACCGUGAACGGCCGUGAUCCGUCGGCCGCUGGUUAUCGCGGAAAAUCUUCGUGCCGCCCUGCUCGUGAUCGCCUGGUGAACAGGUUGCGUUAUUUCCAUUUUCCUCUCGGUGUGUGCGUGUGUGUGUGUGUGGGUGAAUUGCCGUUUUUUGCAACAUCUCGCUAAAGGUGAAACGAGUGCUACUGGGGUCGACGGGAGAUUGCACACAUUGCAAUCGCAGCAACCUGUUUUUCCACCCCACUUUCGGCUUGGGCUGGGGCCCGGGGGGGGGGGAAACCAAUAAGCGCAAACCCGCCCGUGAUAGUGAAAAUGAUAGUGCACGCAACGACGACGAUGAUGCUUCUGGUGUUUUCCGCCGCUACUGGUUGCCGUAAUACCGUCGUCGUCCCGGCCGCGCACCGCCGCCGUUACCGAUGAGCGGGGAAAAGGCGCUUGAAGGAAAGCUCGAGGCUGAACGAUAGCAUCCUCGGCCGGACGGGGGAGGCAGGUGAUCGGCUGGUGUGUUGCAUCGACGCGGUUUUCGUCGCCCAUCGUAGCAAACGCUGCUGGGUGGUGGUGCACUGUGUAAGUGUGUGAGUGCAUUGUAUGUGUGUGUGAUUGUUCGUCUCAUCCGUGUCAUUUGAAGCGCGCGAGCAAGCGGAAAAGCCGAAAAGUGGAAAAUAUCAUCAUCUUCAUUAUCGGUCAAAAGAGAGGGAGAGAGAGGGUGCGAGGUGACAGCAGCAUAAAGCAAUAAAUGUGGCCGUUUUGUGGGUGUGUUUUUUUGGUGAAGCUCGAAGUGCAGUGAAAAUACGCUAACUAGAGAAAACCUCCCUCCGCCGUCAACGGGGAAAAAACGGCGAAGAAAAGGAAACAAACGCAGCGGAAAGCAUAAUUUUGGGGGAAAAUCACACCACCACCAACGCCGCCGCCGCCGCAUACAUACAUACACGUACACACACACACGCGAGCGCAUAGCAGCAUUUUCGCGGUCGGUUUCGGGUUUGCGGCACUAUGCAGUGCCUAACGGAGCGUCCAGAUUUUCACCGAGGGCUGCAAUACCAACACCACCACCAACAGUAUCCGUUUGCUGUUGCAACAAUUGAAGCGUUGUCGUUGCCGUCAUCGUCGUCAUCGUGUUUUGUAAAACUGAAACAGCCGUCGUAGAGAAGCGCGUGUUGCGCAUCAUCGAAAUCAUCACAACAUCCCCGUGAAGCGUGAAGAACAAAUUUCCUAGCGAAACUCGACGAAAAACGCCAACAAAACGAACAGAAGAAGAACAAACGGACAGGACCGGACGUGUGCUUAGAGAGGGCAACUGUAGAAACGGGGCAUCAACGCGGCAGGAACCAUGAGAACGAAACCAUUCCUGCUGAUACUGACGUGCGUGCUUAUGACCACCUUUCUACUGAUCCUGUUUGGUUCCGCCGGUCAGCAGAAUGAUUCGCUCAAGAACAUUGUCUCCCAGACGCAUCAGCAGUUUCGCAACUUUAAGAAAAAUCUCCGUGAAUCCAAUGGUGACCCGCGGCCGGAGGUCGACCCGAAGUAUCUCGCCCAGCUCGGCUUCACUCAACCGCUGUACAAUGCGAGCGCGAGGGCCAACUUCACCAUCGUCACGUACGCCCUGCCGGGGGACAUUGCGUCCGCCCUGCUGUACGUCCAGCACGUGGCUAUGAAGCUGCCCGCCCAGCCGCUGCUGGUGUACGAUCUCGGGCUGGCAGAGGCGGACCUGCACACCCUGCAGGGUUCGUGCAACAGUACCGCGGCCACGCACUGCACUGUGAUAACGUACGAUAUGAGCCGGCUGCCGGCGCACGUGGCCGACCGGAGCAUGCACGCGUUUCGGCCGAUCAUCAUCCACGAUGCGCUGGCCCGGUCGAAGCUGAUCCUGUUCACCGAGAACAGUGUGCGGCUGCGGGGUAGCAGCAAUGUGGUGCGCGACUUGGAGGAUGUGCGAUUGCGGGCGGAAAACAGUACCUCCGGGGUGCUGGGCUGUGCGACGAAGCAGCCAGUAACGAGCCGGACGCAUCCGAAGAUGUUCGAGUACUUCGAGAUUGCGGUGGACAACUUUUACUUCCUGCCGAUGACGUCGCUCGAGUUUGUGUUCUUCCGCAACAGUGCGACGGUGAACGAGAAGGUGCUGCUGCCCUGGGUGCGCUGCGCGUUGACGCUGGAGUGCUUGCAUCCGAUUGGAGCACAAACCGGUGGCUGCAAGUACAACAAGAAGCCGCUGUACCGGUACUCCGGCUGCCACGAGUACGACACGUGCGCGUUCAACAUCAUCCUCGGCAUGACGUUCGGGUACGACGAGAGCAACUACUCCAACCUGGACCUCGCCAACCUGUACUAUCUGGAAACGCUCGAGCAGGCGACCAAGAUACUGGAGAAUCGGCGCAAAAACAUCAGCGACACCUCGGAGCAUCCGUUCACGGAGGAGUAAGCGUGUUUGGAGGCCGCGCUGCCCGUCACUGCCCCUUUGUCUGUUGUUGUGGGUACGUCGUACUGAGGUAGAUUUUUGUUCAUCAUACUCUCCACCACCGUCAAAGCAAAACGACCAUAUAGCGUGUAAAAUAGCGCAGGAACGCAUUUUUUCCUCGAAUUUGAUUUUCAGCAUUUUCAGAGUGUUCCACCAUCCAGCCACGUCACGGUAUCUCAUCAAAUUGUAGGAAAUUUCGAACAGAUAUCGCCGGAAGGGUGGCGGCAAACAAAUGCCAUACCCACACACACACUCGCUCAGAAAGCAAUUUCCAAUAUUCAAUUACGAGCUGCUGCUGAACUGAAGAACACGUUGGACCUUUUUUCGAUGAACAAUUAAUAAGAAAUUUCCCAAGGAAAUAGGUACGUGAUGGUGCGUGAUUGCAUGCUUGCUCGAAAGCAAUCGGCCCACACAGACACACAAGAAAAUGGAAAAGAAAUAACAAAAAGUAUUAAUUUUGGGAGCAAAAAUGAUAACAUCACGUCACGAAACCGUGCCCGCAGCAACAUAUAAAAGCAAAAAGCAUUAAAAAUACAUCACUUGCUGUGGGGGGGGGGAGGCUACCUGUGGGGGGAGGGAAGGGAAGGGUGAUACGUAAGCGAUAUUCAAUGUGUGGCUGUAAAUACGUUCAAAGCACAACUUCAAUUGCACUUGUAUCCCCUUAAACGUUGCACAUACACACACACAAAUUCAUAAACACCCACAACCACUUACUUGAUAGAAGGCGCGAGGAGGGGAUACGGAUCUUAAGGUAGGGGAAAAUGGGAGAAGGAGUUGCUUAUUAUUUUGUAAGAAUUUUGUUGUGCUUUAUAGUUGUUAUGAUAUGCGCGCUGUGUGCGUAGUUUGGUCCAUUGUUUCCGUGCAGGAAAUAUCAAUCAAUGUGCUUGAGAGUUUGUUUUGCCUCCACUACUCCACGACACGACUCUAUGUAUUCUCAUGUUUGAAUUCUUUGGGUGAGCUAAACAUACUGUAGCAGAUGGAAAAGGGAUUCUGUAGCAGAGAGCAGUGACGGAUGAAUUCAGGAAUAGAUAGGAUUUCUCGCACACGAAUCAGCUUACGAGCUUCGGCCAAUGCAUUGGUCAGUGGUAGUAGAAUUUAGGUACGGGUUUUUCUUUCCAAUCCAUGGGGAUGUAAUGUGAUUUUGGUGCCGUCUUAUAGCUUUUUUGUUGUUUUUUGUUGUCCCCUACCCUUGGGAGCGUAGGCAGUAAUAAUUCGUUCGAACGCGGCUUGAAUAUGUAUAUAAUUAACUGUAUAUGCUUUGUAUGUACGUUCCCUGCUUUUUUUGUUGCGUUUACUCGUUUACACGUAAGCAAAACGUAAGGCAUUGCAUUGCGUCUUAAAAUGCGAUACUAUGAUAAGAGAAUAAAUGUGUAAGAACAGGAUAGAAAGGUAAAGGUGGUGAUAACAUCGUGAUUAGAGAGCGUGAAGAAAGUCACUGUCGCGGGUUCCAGCUUCCAGGCAGGUACUAAAAGGGAACUGUUUGCAGUAAAUGAUGCAUUGAAAGUACGUGAAUUACACUAUCGCUAGGAAUUACAGACAACAUUUGCAUCUUUUUUUUUUCUAUAAAAUCACAGCUAUCAAGUGUAGAUCGCUCUAAGGAAAUGGCUUAAACUGCAGUUUUAAGAGUAGCUGUCGCGCCAAACAGGGAAAACACGGAAAGACAAGGAAGUGGCAAAAAGUUGAACCACUCGUAACGAGGAUCGAUCGAUUGGAAUCAGUAAAAGGGAUAAUGAUUAGUUUCUCACUCGUUAGUUGUAACUGCAAACACUGUUUUAAAAUGCUUAUACCAUAAAAACACAUCACAAACUCUCAGAUCCGCCCCAGCGAUAGUCGUCGAUCCUCGUCGUCGUAUGUCGUCUACACGCAUCCUCUCACCCUCCAAAGGAUCCUACGUACGUACACCGAUUAAUUGACAAUCAUUUUGAACCGUUUCAACACACGCCUCCCAGCGCGUUUCUGCUUCACACUCAUGACAGCCGCUACAUUGAACAAACCCCACCCCCGGUGCCAGUAGAGCCUCUGUGGUGCAGCAUGUAAUUAGGGCAUGAUUUUAUCGAAAUACUCAACCGAUUAUGGCUAAACUUCUCGCACGUCGCGUCCGCACAGCUGCUGCAUGCUGUAAAAUCAUACAUUCUGUUUGUUUUUUUUUUUCAUUAAACAUUCAUUCUGAUAAUCAUAAAGCACACCCGUUCGUUCUGUUGCUGAUUGGUGCGUGUUUGGCUUCUCUUCAGCGAUAUUAUCCUCCCGAUAGUAGUGUAUAAAGGUGUAGUGAGCGCGCUUUUUUUUUGCUUGCUUGCUUGGGUUGGGGUUUGCUGCCGCCUAAGCGUUUUUGUGCAUCAGCAUAAGUAAUAUUGUCUAGUCAUGAUCGCCCGAACCCGGUUUAGUAAAAGGGCACCACAGAUCGCGCAUUCCUGCUUUUGAAAAAGGGUUUCAUCAUCACCAGAUAUCGUAAGCAUUGAUUCACAUUCACCCUUGUGCGCGCGUGUGUGUGCGUGUGCAAUGGUUUUUCGACGAUGGAUAACAGGUUUACCGGUUUCCUGUGAUACAUACUAAUAUUAUUGAUUGUGGUACCGUCCAGCACACUCCAGCUUAGGAAGAAUUCGAGAAGGAAGCGGUGCAGUUCCAGCUGCAAUUUUCUUCUCCAACGUUCUUCUAUGCGCUUUGCUUUAAUGGUUUUAUCGUGCUAUUGUGCUUUUUUUGUGUUGUUCGAAUUUCUUUACUUAAACGCUAAAACUAUACAAAAGAAGCGGGGUCCAGGAGAUUUACGUCCUUGUGCGAAGAACUCGAUUCCGUGUGGGUACUGGUACUGUGCAACUCGUUUAUCGUUUUAUCGGGACAGGGUGCUCGGAGUUGUGAUCGGGAAGUGAAUAUAAGCCGGAAAGUGUUAGUGUUCUACAUCUACUUGAUAAACAAAAACGACCAAGCUCUUGUGAGAGGAGGAAUAUGAUAAAUGCAUAAGUUUUGCGUCAUGGUUCGGUUUUGCUGCUACUCACUGCUUUUGCUCCUGUAUCGAACAAACAACGUACUGCAAUGUGUGGUACAUUCGCUAUUGAAAAAUACUCAUAAGGUCCAGUUGCAGAGAAAAAAAAGAAAUAGAAGAAACGUAAAAAUUGAUCCCCAAACCAUGAAAACUUACCAACUCGCGUUACGAAUGUUACAGGAAAACAGAAGCAUUGAAUUAGUUUAAAGCCACUAACCCGGGAAAAUGCACACAUACCAUUCAACAUAUCUACUACUACUACUACUACAACCGACGAAGGUAGACAUUACAGUAGUAUCACUAUUGAACAAUGAGCAACAAAGAAGAACAAGACGAAAAAGGAAGAAAAUAAUAAAUAAUAAGAACAACAUAAAAGCACAGGAAAUGUUAAUUAAAUCAGCUUUAAUAAUUAAGAGCAAAAAGAAAAGGCAAAACAGUAAUAGAUUACCGUACCGUGAAAAACUAGCCAAACAUACAUGCGAACAAAAAGGAAAACUCGAAAGUAAUCAUUAAAGCGAGCCCCCCGAUAAGUGAAAAUGACAAACGAAAAGGUUAAAAGCUUAAACGAAACAAACAAGCAAACAAACAAACAAAAAAACAUGGAAAAACAAAACCAAUAAUACCCCCUAAACAAUGAAUGCGCAAGUUAGAUAUGUAAGCAAAUUUGGUAUAGAAGAAAACAGCACCAACACAAAACAGAACGCCCUGGAUGGUUUGGAUAAGGGCGGGGGAGGUAUUAACUUAUCGUUAGCAUUUACAAACAAAAGUAACGUAAAAUCGCAGAAAACAAGAAGAAUCUCUUACCAACAGUCUGGCGGAACGAUUAAGAGACGAUUCUUUGGAUUCCCCUGCCGUAAAUUUAACCCAUGAUGAUGAUGAUGAUGAUGAUGUAUGUGCGUGUUACACAUGUUUUAGCUGCCCCUAGCCAACGUACUAUAAAAGAAAAAGUUUAUAAUCCCUAACACGCACUAGAGAACGAGAGAGGGAGAAAGAGAGAACAAGAAAACGAAAAUUAGGCGGACCAGUUUGUUAUUAAAGUUUAAAAAGUAAAACAACCCCCCCAAAAUGGACGAAAACAGGUGGAUAAUGAGAGAGGAGGUAAGGUCGGAUUUCUAGAAUGCUAAGCAGACAGCAACAAAACACCCCCCCCCCCC